CAGUCCCAAAUCAGAACUACAGCCAUUCUAUCUACACUAGAGCUAGCAAUCAACCUAGGGCUUUAAGCAUGUUAUCACUCCUAAUACUGCUGCUGAAUCUUACCAAUCAUGCCUUUGGAGAAAAUCCUGCAAUAAAGGCCAUAUUGACAAAUAAAGGACUUCAAUAUGGGUCACACAUUGGGGCUGAUUGGAUGCAGGAGAAGAUAUGGAGUAUGAUCAUACCAGAUAUCAGCGGUGGUGUUGACAUUGGUAUAGGAACAGUGCACUACGUCCUUGACGGAAUCUCAGUGUCUGGGUGUGAUGUUCCAGAGCCUUCAGUGGAGUUCUAUGAGGGCGUGGGACUCAAGACUGGGAUCAGUGGCUUCAGCAUUUCAAUGAAGGGCAAUUGGCACACACGUUUUGGCAUCAUAAGCGAUGGUGGCUCAUUUGACCUGGCAGUGUUCAAUGUGGACGUGACCUCUGUGGUGCAGUUAGGGAGUGAUUACAGUGGACACAUUUCUAUCUCCAGUGAAAACUGUGAUGCCAGGAUAAGCAAAGCAUCAAUCACUUUCCAUGGAGGAGCCAGUUUUAUCUUCCAGCCAUUUGUGACCCUUUUCCAAGAUCAGAUGACUGCUCUAAUUGAGGAAAAAAUCUGCCCAAUGGUUGAAGAGCAUGUUACAGAUUUGGAUCAACAUCUAGCAGAAAUGCAAGUGUCCUUCAAGGUCAAUUCUGCUCUGGUUUUGGACAUCCCCCUCACUAACCCACCCCUCGUUGAAUCUAUUGGCCUUGGUCUGGAUUUGAAGGGUGAGUUCUACAGUGUUCAGAGUCACACAGAUCCUCCUUUUAAGGCCGAGCAUUUUGAUCUGCCAAAGGAUGAUGGCCACAUGCUCUCCCUGGGCCUGUCUGAAUUCACUGUCAACUCUGCCUCCUACGGUUACUUCUCCGCUGGACUCCUGCAGGCCAAAAUUAACGACAGCAUGAUCCCCAAGACUUCUCCUUUCCGCCUCAACACAACCUCCUUCGGGCCUCUCAUCCCUCAGCUUCCCAAGCUCUUCCCCAACAUGCUGAUGGAACUGCAGGUGUAUGCCAGGGACGUUCCAAUGUUUUCCUUCCAGGCUGAUAAGGUGACACAGGAAUUUCCAGGUGCCAUUAAGGCCUUUGCCAUCCAGCCAAAUGCUUCACGGACUCCACUGUUCAAUCUCAAUGUUGACUCAAUUUAUCGUGGGAUGAUACGCAUUUCAGAAGAGAAACUCCAAGGCUUGAUGAAACUAAACAAUUUUACCCUGACACUGGCAUCAAGUGAAGUGGGAACAUUCCAGACUGCAGCCCUGGAAAAAAUUGUGAAAAUGGGGGUGGAGGUUUCAGUGUUAGCUAAACUGAACGCCAAACUGGAGGAGGGCAUUGCUUUACCCACCAUGCACCACAUCCAUCUGGUUAACCCUGUGCUGAAGAUCCAGCAGGGAUUUGUGUCCAUUGCAUCAGACCUUGACGUUAAAUCUGCAGAGAGAGAGAGCAUUUCUGAAGGGAUUUACCCUUACCAACUCUAGGUGGUGCUGCUAAUAUCAUUCAUUACUAUCCCAGAAAAAAAUUAUACAUUACUAAUUUCUUAAUGUAGAACUGCAAGUAGCUACACAUUAACCACUGCCUAAUCCAUGGUUAAAUUUUAGCACUGAAAACACCAGCCGAUUCAUAUAGAUGUGUUAAGAUUUAGAAACAUAUUAUUCAAGAGAGAAUUUUCAGCUUUGCCUUGUUUUCAGUGAACCAAUUAUCAUAGGUAUCAGAUGAAAUGUACUGCUUCUACUGAAAUUUAAUUUGAGCAUUGCCCCAUUUUGGCAAUGGAUAACUCACUGAUUAAAGAAACAAGACCGCUUGUACUGUAACACCGCUAAAAACAACUGAUUGCAGCUCACAAUAAACCUGAUAAAGCUGUGUGAUGCAAUAAAAUGAAACACCACAUGAAUACACCAAUAAAUUGUUUUACAAAAAGUUUAUUUCUGUUUUCUUGAAAAGUGUUAGCUAUGGCUAUGGCAAGGUUAAAACAAGGCUACAGUAAACAUGUAGUCCCCCACACAGUGCUUAAUUUGAGCCGGAACAGGAUCCGGAACCUCUUAGAUUUGACUUUGUUCGUUCCAGCACCUAUUUACCCGGAUCCAGUACCUCUCGCGGCAUGAUUUAUUAAUUGUUUAAUUGUUCGCACUGUAAACAUUCUAAUAAAAGCUAUGAGCGUUAAAUCAA